AUGGACACAAGUGAUAACCACGGUGAACUAACGGUUUUACGGAUGGAGGCAUUAAAUGGAAAACUACCUCGUAACCCUUUCACCAUUCGCACGUCCGUUGAACUGUGCGUCGGUGGAAAAAUCGUAGGAGCCUUUCCGGAAAACAGAGGCGAAUAUUAUUCCCUGAAAGUGAAAAAUGAUAACCACGUUUCCAAACUACUGGCCUUCACUGAACUAGCAGACAAAACCAAAGUAAAAAUCAUUCCUCAUCCCACGUUAAAUACCUGCAAAUGCGUUGUGUCCUGUCCGGAUGUGAUAGAUAUGUCUGAGCAAGAACUGUUAAACUCAUUAUCGAAGUAUGGUGUAUUGGCGAUAAGACGCUUCACCCGCCGAGAUGGUGACAGAUUUGUUAACACUCCUUCAAUGAUUUUAACUAUAAGGGGAACCGUCGUACCGGACUAUAUCGAUUUUGGAUACCUAAGAGUGAGCACGAGACCGUAUUACCCAUCGCCGAUGACCUGCUACCGAUGUUGGGCAUUUGGACAUACGCGCACACGAUGCCAGGCGCCAGCGGCUGUAUGUGGUAACUGUUCCAACAGCCACUCUCUUGAGGAAAAUCAACUAUGUCUGAACACAAAACUAUGUAGUCGAUGUGACAGCAAUGAGCAUAGUAUAAACAGUAAAAUCUGCCCCGUCUUUAUAAAAGAAAAGGACAUUCAGAGAAUCCGUGUCGAUCGUGGACUGGGCUACCCAGCUGCUCGGCGUUUAUACGAGUCAGAACAUGGCUCUAACAGUUACGCUACCGUCGCUAACGCUAGUAAUCUUACUACCUUAGCUGAGUUAUCGGCUAAAGUCGACGAUUUAACCAGGAAACUCGCAGAAAAAACAGAUAGAAUCAAGGAAUUAGAAAAUGGGAAGAAUAACAGACUACAAGUAGUGGCGGCCAAUGGUACAAUUGAAGAUUUGGUUAAGGAAGUACAGCAGCUAAAGAAGCAAGAAUACCAGAAAGACCGGGAAAUCAAUGUUUUAAGGGGGAUCUUGAAUAAUUUACGAAGUGCAACGAAUACUGAAAAUCAAUCGACUAUCCUAGAUACAAACAAAACCUUGCAAAGCACCAGUCAAACCCAGAAUCAGCGAAAGGAUAAGACCACCAACAAGGAUGCCCCUCUAGGAACCAAUAACCAAUCUACACCGAAACGAUUAUCCUCUCAAACAGCGGUCGCUAGGAAAAGUGUUAAGAACAAAGUGCAGAAGAUGUGUACAGAAGAACAAUUGUUUAGUGAUACCUCUUCCGAAGAAAUGAGAGAACUGCGAGUCUUAGAAUCUGAUGAAGAUGUAAACUAUGAAAAUUCAUCGCCUGCAAGUGAAAUGAUGGAUUUAUGCAUGAACAGAUGA